AUGACUUUUUUGGUCGGAGUUCAACCAAGUUUGUUUUAUGUUGCAAUAGGAAAUCGGGACAGUGAUAGUUAUUUGGCACUUUGUGCGAGAGGAACAGUUAUUGUUAUUGGAAAAGCAUUUGUAAGUUAUUUUAAAAUUAUUCAUGAAACAUUUUAUAAAUUUGUUUUUGUUCAGACCUUGGCAUUAUGCAAAUUUCUAUCAACAUAUUUAUCAAUUAAAUGUCGUGAAAUUUGCAAUUUAACAAUUCAUCGUUUAUAUUUCAAAAGACAAGCAUUUUAUAAAAUGUCAUUACUCGGAGAUCAUCUCGACAAUCCAGAUCAACGAAUGACACAAGAUAUUGAAAAAACAACUCGAAUAUUAUCAGUUGAUUUGAUGAUUCCAUUUUUAACAGCUCCAUUCAUUAUUGGAUAUUAUACUUAUUUAACUUAUGAUAGUUCUGGUUGGGUUGGACCUGUUGCAAUUUAUUCAUAUUUUGUUAUUCAAACUGUUGUCAACAAAUUCAUUUUAACACCAAUUGUUGGACUUGUAAAUGAUCAAGAAAAAAUGGAAGGAGAUUUUAGACAUCGUCAUAUGGAAGUUCGAAAUAAUGUUGAAGCUGUUGCAUUUUAUCGAUCAGGAGUUCUUGAAAAUGUUAUGGCUAAUCAAAAACUCAAACUUUUGAUUGCCGUUCAACGAAAACUCACAGAAUGGCGACUUGCUUUGAAUUUUAUUACAAACUUUUUCGAUUAUUUCGGUGGAAUGUUAUCAUAUUUUAUCAUCGGAGUUCCAAUUUUCAUCACAGAUGCUUAUAACGGAGCAACUGGAACUGAACUGAAUGCAAUUGUUUCGAGAGUGAGUUUUUUUUUGAAAAACUAAUUUCGCUAAUCCUCAAAAAAUGUAUUUCGUAAAAAGAAAACUCAUGACAAAAAAAACGAAAAAAAUAUAUAUUCUUUUUCUCGAGAUUAAUUGAAAAUUCCUACGAAACUGGUAUACUCAUCUAUUUUUCAUUUCGGGGGGUUUCGGAGAAAUCUUUCAGAAAAAAAGUUUCUUAUCAAUUUUUUUCCAAAAACAAUGUUCAGUAAGUGAUCUCUUGUGUCAGCAGGAAAAAAAAAAAGAAAAAAACUUUUUUUGAUGGAUGGAAGAGCAUGAAAGAAAUAUGAUAUUUUGCAAAGUACAAAACUUUGAACGACGUGAUUUUGUGAUUUUUAAACAAAAAAUAGUUUACAUCGUAAAAUAAACACAUCGUUGGUGUCCAAAAGCAUAUUUUCUAGGAUUCACAUCUAGAGAUCUCUGACAAGGAACCGCACCUAGAAAAUUCAGUUCUCAAGGAUCAGCGGCUAGAGAUCUUAGCUCUUAAGUAGCCGCUCCUAAAGAACUUAAUUUACUAGGAGCCCCACUUAAAGCUCCACUUUAAUUAGAACUCGCUUUUAGAGCUACUAGUGAAUAAAUCAAUUGUUUUCUUUUCCCAUUCCAAAAUCCACCCAACAAACAUCUGUCCACCAAAAAUAAAUGCACCCUUUUUUUUCCGAAAAGAGUCGCCCUCUAUUUUUUAUUACUUCAUUCAUUUUGAAGUACUUUCUUUUACUACUUGUAUGUAGUAUUGGUCAGUCAGUCAGCGGGGUUAUUAUUAUGUAGAGGAGAAAAACAUGGAAUAAUUGGGCUAGUUUUCGGGGGCGAAAAAUCCAUGCUUAUUUAUUAGAGAGGACUGCCUGGCUAUACAAAGGCAAUAUUUUAUUCGAGGCGCCAAAAGUCGGCGAAACACACACACACACACAAAAAAAACUUGAACAAUUUUUCAUAAAAAGUGUCACUUUCAUAAUCUCCGUGUUAUUAUUUCUAUUAUUAACCAGUAUAUGUUUUUGUAGAUGAAAAUAGGAAUAGAAAAAUAUAACAAUUUAUUAUUAUUUGUUGUUUGAAUGAAUAAGAAAAGGGGAAAAGUAGUAUAAUGGAUGAGAUACCAGCUGCUUUUCAAAUUGGGAAUGAAUUGGAUGAAUGUGGUGAAUGAUUUUUCUUACUAGAGGACCCAUAGGGCGCGGCUACUUGAGAACCAGGAUUUCUAGGCUCGGCUAGGCUUAGUAUAGAAGCUCCCAAGAUGCAUCUCCUUGACAAUUAGGCUCUAGGCGCGGCUGGUUGAGAAAUAGGCUUUCUGGGUGCUUUUCUGGGGGUUCUCUAGCUUUUAGAGUCAAAUCUCAAACAUUCCUCACUCACAUCAAAAAUCAAGAUAUCAUGUUUCAACAAACUUUUUUUUCACUUCCCACUUUUUUUUUUAUAAACAAUUCUCUUGUUUCUUGUGCUCUCGAACAAUAGGAAACCAAAAAACGGGCUGAUUUUGUGUGUCUUCCUACCAACAUCCAUUUUUGUUGUUUUUGUCAUGCGUUUCUUUUUUUGCUUUGCUUUGCUUGUAACAAAAGUUUGUCGAUGAUGAACAGCUGUUUAGCUUUUGAGGAAAAAAAGACAAGAAAAAGAAAGAAUUGGUUUGAGAUGAGACGAGAUUAAUGAAAAAAGAACAGAAAAGAAAAGAAGGGUUGCAUUUUGCACACAAUUGGAUUGCUUUUUCGCGAAAAGAAAAUGACAAGAUUUGAUUUUUUGACGUCAUGAAUAAGGGAAACAGGGUUUAAAAUAUUGCAUUCGAAAUGAAAUCUUAAAUUUUUUGAACUAGCAUCAUUCAAGUUCACGUUCCAAAUUUAAAUUCCAUUUUUUAAUUUUUCAAAAAAAUUGUUUGGUUUAUUUUUCGGGUAUAAAAUUAAAAUUGAUAUAAAAUAAAAGCCUGAUCCGAAUUACGCCAAAUUUUAAUGAGCAUUUUUCGGACCAUAAAAUGAGAUUUAUUUUGAAUAGAAACUUAGAAUGAACUUUUUAGAAAAGGAAAAACAAAAGUUCAUACAUCAAAUUCUUAUCUUCAAUCCAUCUUACUACAUUCAAAGUCAAAGUAUUUCGUAAUUUCCCCAGAGAACUCUUAUUCUCAAUAACCACCAAAUCCCAAUUUUUCAAAAAAUUAUCAUUUAUUUUUCAGAAUGCCUUCUACUACAUGUAUUUGAUAUACAGUUUCUCAAGUGUUCUCAAACUUGCUGGAGAUUUUGGUGAACUUGCUGGUGUAACACAUCGUGUUAUGGAAUUGUAUGAAGAAUUGACAAGAUUGCAUUCAGAUUGUUUGGAAACAGAUCGUCCACCUUCGACAGUUCCAUCUUCAGUUGUUGUGAUUGCUUCAGAUGAAGAUGAUAAGAAUUCGUCAGCAGUUCGAACAAUUGAAGAAAUUCAUGGAAAACAAUUAUCAUUGGAAAGAGAUGAACAAGAGGAAGAAGAAGCACAAUAUUUAUUAGGUGCAAAAACAAAAGAUGAUGAAGAAUGGCCAGAUGAUGGAGUUGCGAUAACUGUUGAUUCAGCUACACUUUCACCACCAACUGAUAAUUCACAUAUUAUUAUUCAACGUUAGUUUUUCUCGAGGUUUUGUUUUAAAAUUCAAAAAUUAUGUUUUUUUCAGUUCUUUCACUUCAAAUCAUCCAAGGACAAACACUUUUAAUAACUGGAGACAGCGGAUGCGGAAAAUCAUCACUUCUUCGAAUGUUUGCUGGUUUAUGGAAUUGUUCUUCAGGAAAAAUGGAUUGUCAUUGGCGUAGAAGAUCACAAAAUCUUCUCUUCCUCGCACAAAAACCAUAUUUCCCAUCUGGAGGUGUUACUUUACGACAACAAUUGGUUUAUCCGAUCAAAGCAUUGCCUGUCGAAAAAGAAAUACCACGAUUGACAAAAGUGUUGGAGAUUGUGAAAAUGGAACAUCUCAUUGAAAGAUGCGGCGGAUUUGAUAAUAAUAUUGAAUGGGAUUGGAUGAAAACAUUGUCACCGGGAGAAUUGCAGCGACUUUCGCUAGCUCGAGUGUUUUAUACAAAUCCGAGAAUUGCUUUCCUUGAUGAGGCAACAAGUGCAAUUGGUUUUGAAUUGGAAAUGCAUAUUUAUCGAAAAUUACAAGAAGAAAAAAUCACAUAUGUUUCAACUGGACAUCGAUAUUCGCUUAAACAAUUCCAUGAUAUGGAAUUAAGAGUUAAUGUAAGUUCAAGAUAUUUUUACCGAAAAAUAUGUAUAGGGAUUUUUUUGAACACUUUCAAUAUUUCUGUUUUGAAUUUUUCCAACGUAAAAAAAAAUUCAUCUUUAUUUUUUCAGGGACAUGGCGGUGAAUGGACUCUUCAUGAUAUUGAUAGUGCUUCAAUCGCCAGUCGAACUGCCAGUUUUCUCGGAACUGAUACAGUUUUAUCUAUGUAA